GUUGAAUAAUUGAAUUAAACACUGAAGAAAAAACACAUCUGUUCCUUGUGUUGCGUCUUAUCAUCUAUCCAGACGAAACGCCCCGGUCGCCUCCAAAGACGACCCCUGGUCUGAGCGUCUCUAACACCUCCCGUCUCAACUCACUGGCACCACCUGCCCCGAGACCCUGUCCAUCGUGCUAGCGGGCCUUUGCCGGGUCCUGGAAUCUGACACAAGAUCCGGCAGCCUCGAAACUGUCUCCAACGUCUGAUCUACGGAAUACCCGUAUAUUCCAGCUCCGUCCCAUCCUUAAUCGGCGCAUCGCCAGCAUACAUCUCCUGACCUGGUGCCUGCCGCCCCACUCCAGAAGACUUGGCCAUCGGUCGACCUCGACUUGGUUCAGGGGGCAAAACGACAGGAAGAGGCAGACGGGGCUGCAGCGUCACUCGGUUCUGCUAAGUUGAAUUCAAGGUGCCUGCCCCACCGCAGCGUAAGGUUUCUGGGCUCCAGGCCUUGCAAGGGCCAGCAUUCCCGAGGAACGGAGACCGGCGAGGGCGCACGGCGUCGCUGCCGUCGCAUCCGGCCCCUUCCCUACCCCAAUUGCUUGUUCGCAUCCGUGUGGGCCGCUGGGACGGGACGGAGUGUCGCAUUAGCUUGGUCUUCGCUUGAGGCUCGUUGGGGCCCGGUCUCUUAUGACCAGGCUUCCGCCGCCCGCGCAUCACUCCGUCGCUCUUCCGUUCUUUCUCCCCCCCCUUUCUCCUCCUGUCCCUUUCUUGGCGAGGCGAAAGAACCGAGACCUCCUCAGCGAGUGACUCUAGCCUGCGCCCUUCCUUUCUUUCCCUUCAGCUGCUGGCUCAGACCAUUCUUUUUGUUUUCGUUUCUCGCGGGCUUCGCCUAGCUUCGGUGUCUUAAUUUCUCUGCGUCGCGCUGCUGGUGGUUCAUAUUGGACGGAGGAUUGCCGCCUGGUGUGUAGCAAUAAUACUGAGAGGGAAACGAGCCGCGAUCGGAACUGGGCUGAGGGAUCCUUUGCACUACGCUCCUCCGCGCUCCGGCCAUCCACCACCCGGCACCGAUCCGAAGCCGAGAAGUCGAGGUCAGCCCGGUCGCUGGUCGACAUUGCCGCACUGAGUGUUGUGUACGGUUCGAAAAUAAGAGCGGCAACCCGUCGGCAAGAUGGAGCUCCUCACGCUGCUGAAGAAGCAGUUGACGCCAACUAAGCUGCUGUUCCAUUUCCUGUUUUGGGGUCUUCACUGGGGCCUCUUCGCCUAUGGAUGGUACAAGCAAGAGGCAGACCCGCGCCUGGCGGGCCUCAACACGCUCCAGUACUCAGUGUGGAUUUCGCGAGGUGCAGGGCUGGUCCUCUCCGUUGACGGGAUGCUUAUCUUGCUCCCUGUCUGCAGAACCAUCAUGCGGUUCAUCCGGCCCAAGAUCAGAUUUCUACCGCUCGACGAGAACAUCUGGAUGCACCGGCAGCUCGCCUAUGCCCUGCUGCUGUUUGCCAUCAUCCACACUGCUGGGCACUAUGUCAACUUCUUCAAUGUCGAAAAGACGCAGAUCCGCCCAGUGACGGCGGUGCAGAUCCACUACGUCCAGCCGGGCGGCAUCACGGGCCAUGUGAUGCUUCUUUGCAUGCUGCUGAUGUACACGUCAGCGCACCAUCGCAUCCGGCAGCAAUCGUUCGAGACGUUCUGGUACACUCACCAUCUGUUCAUCCCCUUCUUCCUCGCCUUGUACACCCACACUGUUGGCUGCUUCGUCCGCGACACUCCGAACGCCUUUUCGCCGUUUGCUGGCGAACAGUAUUGGGAGCAUUGCCUCGGUUACCUCGGUUGGAGGUGGGAGCUGUUUACGGGCGGCUUCUACCUCCUGGAGCGCCUGUACCGUGAGAUUCGUGCGGUGCGCGAGACCAAGAUCACCCGCGUCAUCAGGCACCCUUACGAUGUGGUCGAGAUCCAGUUCAGCAAGCCGUCGUUCAAGUACAAGGCCGGCCAGUGGCUGUUCAUUCAAGUGCCUUCGGUCUCCAAGUACCAGUGGCACCCGUUCACGAUCACCUCGUGCCCGUACGACCCCUAUGUCUCGAUCCACAUUCGGCAGGUCGGAGAUUUCACCAGGGCGCUCGGCGACAGAGUGGGCGCUGGCGCGGCGCAGAGCAAGCUGUACGAGGGGGUUGACCCCAUGGGCAUGUACGAAGUGGCGCUGCAGAACGGCCAGCAAAUGCCAGCCAUCCGUAUCGACGGACCGUACGGUGCGCCUGCCGAGGACGUGUUCGAGAACGAAAUCGCGGUCCUGAUCGGAACCGGUAUCGGCGUCACCCCGUGGGCUUCGAUCCUCAAGAACAUCUGGCACUUGCGGAACGGGCCUAACCCGCCGACCCGUCUGCGCCGUGUCGAAUUCAUCUGGGUGUGCAAAGACACCACCUCGUUCGAAUGGUUCCAGACGCUGCUCGCGUCUCUGGAGCAGCAAUCCAGCGAAGCAGCGCGCAUCCCCGGCUCUGGCGGCGUCGAGUUCCUCAAGAUCCACACCUAUCUGACGCAGAAGCUCGACAUGGACACGACGCAGAACAUCGUGCUGAACAGCGUCGGGGCUGCCGUCGACCCGCUGACCGAGCUGAAGUCGCGGACCAACUUUGGCCGGCCCAACUUCAACAAGAUCUUCACCAGCAUGCGCGACGGCAUUCUGAACCGGACCUAUCUCCACGGCCUGGAAGGCAACAUGAGGACCACCGUGGGUGUCUACUUCUGCGGGCCCUCCGCAGCUGCGCGCGAUAUCCAUAAGGCUGCGAAGGCUGCCACCGUCCGCGAAGUCCGCUUCCGCUUCUGGAAGGAACAUUUCUAAUGUACAUAUUCCGAUAUUGGGGCGCUACUUUUCUCUUUCAGCCGAGAAUGACGACUCCGACUCGGCAGCCGGGCUCGGGACCUGGCCGGCGUGCAGCAAUUCGGUCCGGGAACAGGUGGAAACCGCGGCCGCGGGUGUUGUUUCGGGCAUGGCCUCUGCUGUGUAGGUCACAUUUUAUUAUGAGGGCCGGGUAGGAUUUCUGUACCGGGGAGGCGGGGAGGGAGUGUCGAGCUAGGUAGGCUCAGCCAGGUGGAACCUCAGCGAAUAUGACGCCCCCUGAGGAAGUGAUGUGUGGGGUGUGGGAUGGACGUUAGGCUUUGCCGUCGCAUUCCAAUUCAACUCUAUAUCUUGGCAGGUA